AUGGUUGCUACGCUGACCACCUCGCUGGUCCUCAUGCUCGCGCUCUCCUGUCCGUCCAAUCUGAUGGCCGGUGUCACUGCAACCUACGGAGGAGAGAAGUGAGUCCCUCUUCUGUUCCAGCCUCGACGCUUCUCAUUCUACCCCUUCCCCCUUCCGCGUCAUGCCGUCGAUCCUGAAACCCACUUUUUUGAACUCACCGCCGCGGCCGCCGCUGCGCCUCCCCUCCUCCCCAGAACGGAAGUUUAGACGGUUUUGAUGUUUGAAUAAAGCUGACCGCUACCCGCUCUUCACCGCUAGUCGUGCAUACCUUUUUCAUUUCGAUCUGGCCUUCAAAGUGCUGUGAAUUUUAAAGUGGGAUUGGAAGUGUUAACUUCGUCGAUGGCCUGUCGCUGCGAAAUCAGCCUGAUUUGGGUCUUUUUUUUCGGGAUGUGUUGUAGUCAAGACAGCGGCCGGGAUCCGUUGCCGCGUGCCGCUUUUGGCUUCUCAAUGAAUUCGUUUUAAAAUUCGUGAAAAAGGUUUCCGAGGCCAGUGCGGGGUGGGUUCGGUCGUCGAAACAGAGCGGCGACCACCGCUAACCCUUGGGCGUGGCGGUCACCCACCCACUCUCCAAACGCAAUCAUGUUAAUUUUGACCGAGUGAAACUGAUUUUGGACGCAAUGACCGACCAAUCGUCUGUACUCACCACAGUACGACUGGCGUAAUCGCUCCCGACUCUCCGUCGGCUGACGCCUUUGUUGGACUGUGGCCGUUGCAUGUUGAACGCGCCAUAUUAGGGCCUCGCGCACUCAAACUGAGUGCCGAGUAGGGUCAGAGUCGAGUGACGAUUUCGUGCAGACGGGCGUUUUGUGUUGGUUAAUUUCUGGAACUACAGUGGAUGCGCUAACUCAUGAAAUCUUAACCGAAAUUCUGAAAUAUCUUUUCGAUUUGAAAAUCUAACUUAAGUAGGGUCAUAAUAUCAAUUACCAUGCAACAUAAUCCUACGAGGAUUUGGUUACUUUAGGAUGCCAGCCUUUGAACGAACUUCUUUUCGGCCCCCUGCAAAAACCACAUUUCGAAAAAAAUGACUGCUCAAGUGGUAUUAAUUUUUUUCACCGAUUUCCGACGCCCUUACAAAUCCAAAUAUAUUUCGUAGAAAACAUGCAUAAAAUAUUCAUUCUUUUACUCAUUUGGUGCGAAAUAACGCCUUCUUUAAAUUCUAUGCUUAAGGGAAGAGUACAAUUCGGUUUUGAAAAACUUCUCAAAUUCUUGAAUACUUUUGAACCCGACCUACCGUUGCACUUGAGCUCAGGGUUUCCAAACUACAAGCUGUAUAUUUUCCGCUCACGGAAAGUUACACAUUUUCAUACGCUAUUAAGAAUAGACCAUAUGAGGUUCAUAAAAGUUAGCAGUGGAUCUGAGCCAUACUGUAAACUAUACAAGCAACCAUAGUAAAUGCAGAGAUACGAUGUUUUAUGAACGGACAUUUCACGGUCUUAAAAAAUCUCGUAAUUAGAAACUUUCUUAAAACCGAAUUAUACCAAAAUGAGUAAAAGAAUGAAUACUUUUGUGCAUGUUUUCUGUGAAGUAUGGUUGAAUUUAUAAAAACGCUGAAAAUCGGUCAGAAAAAUAAAUAGCACUCAAGUAGCCUUUUUUCACAGAGCAUAGUUUUUGCAGACGGCCGACAGAGAAGUUUGUUCAAAAGCCGGCACCCUGGAAUAACAGAAAUAUCUGGAGAUUAUGCUGCACAGUAAUUAAUAUUACAACCUUUACUUAAGUAGCCUCUUGAAGUCGAAAACGCAAUACAGAAUUCGGUUAACAUUUCAUAAGUUAGCACACCUACUGUACCUCUAAAUCCUUAAUUUAGCCAGGACAUAAAUGGUGGUGCUUAAUUAUGAUCCCCUUGUGAAGUAUGUGGGAGGUUGAAUUUGUCGAACUGGUACAUUUCCGUACAUCUUGGUGCUAAACCGCAAACUCGAUGUUCGGAGACCGUUUUUCGUUGUAGUUGCUGGAAUGAUCUUAGUUUGUCAGAAAUAACCACAUGUUGUAUUUUGAGAUGUCUGAAAUUCGGUGACGUGUAAAUUUCACGAUCUGUUUUCCACCCUUGCCUGUCAUUUUGCAGCGCGAAUUGAGUUAAUUGAAGAACCACUAACUGCUCAGUUGUUUCUUACUGUCGACUGUAAGGUUACACACCUGCGGUUUCUCUAAAUUUACUGAUCCGCAGAACCUUUCUCCCUCCACCCUGCGCUUUAGUUAGCGGUGGGAGUUGCAUGUAGAACCUUUUGCCUUGUACGAAGUUUCUGCUUGGAGCAAAAUUACAUCGGUUUGUAAAGCAGUAUAUUCCUGAAUACUGUGUGCACACUUUAAGUGCCAAGGCCGCCGAUCGGACUUUUGUGGUGCAUCUUAUUCGCGACUUUGAGACAUAGGCCGCUUUUUAAUGCUUUAAAAUAAUGCGUAUGAAGGUAUCUUCAGGAUGGCUCGCAUCACGAACUUCUGUACCAUGAGGUAAUGUGGUAUGAGGAAAGAACCUAUGAGCUUUUAAGGUAUUUCACAGUAAUAAGUACGCCCCCUCCCCAAGAUUACAGGUGGUCCUGCGGUAAAUUCCAGGGGGACUAGGGUUAGAGUUGGGGUUAGGAUACGGGGAAAGGUACUUCCCCGCCCCUGGGAUUCAGUUCAAGGCCACCCAUAAUGCGGGUAGGGGUACUUAUUCCCUCGUCCAAUCGUCUUGGAGAACUGUUUUGGCCAAAUGACAACCUUAGCAACGUAGAUGCUGCCUUAGCCACCAUUCCCCCCCCUCCCAUUAGAGUAUUAGUAGUCCUCUUCCAGCCCCACAGAAGGAUUACAACUAGUUGCCAAGGAAACGACAACAGACAGAUGAUGGAGGACUCCUGGAUUCUCAGACGUCAGGCGAAUACAGGGAGCUAAAAUAAAAAGGGAACGAGAACGCAAGACUGAAAUAUUGAGAACCAGUUCUCUCACACGUGUUCUAGUUGCCAGCGCCACUUUGCAGUUCACUUGGGCCGCACGAGACAACCUCGCAUUCACUGCAGCAUCACCCUUAACACCAACAUUCGGCACUACGCGGGGAACAUCGCAAUUCCUGACCGACUUCUCCACAACUGCGCUCAUUGCGAACGCAAUUCGGACGCGGAUCGCGGAUGCUGGCUCCCUCUGUGCCUACCGUUGCAUAUCCAACUCCACCUACUUCACCAGUCUUGUGGCUAAAAAAAACCAAAUGCGGAAGCUGCCCGGGCUCGACCCAACAAUGAACAUACGCCACCGAUGCCUAUUCCUGCGACGUCUGUGGAUUCAGCGUGGAUCGCAGUGGACAGAGCAAGCGAAAAAUCUGAAUUCGUGCACACGGCGCCUCUAACGGCCACUUCCAUCGCCUCGUCCUUUUAAGGAACCCUACUCGCACACCCGGCUCGCCUACUCGACUACCUACCCGCGGUCAUUCUUCCUUUUCAGAAGCAACAACACCCUAGUUACUUCAACGUGUCUCUAUUUCAACACGCACAUCAUUAAGAAAGAUUCGACGGACGCCGAGUCCGCCUUAACCCCGCUCACCAAAUCCUUCCACACAUUUCGUCCAAACCUACAAAAAGUGAUCCGAUAAACAAGAAUAUCUUCAAUUACAACAGAUGAACUAGCAUGUAUAUCACAGAUCCUGCGGUCUGACCGCAGAAAUUGGGUUUACCCUUAGGGUAGCCAGCAGAUGUGUGUGGUAAUUCGCAGGAAUACGAUACAGGCGAAGUUCCCGAUCAGUAAGACAGCGGUCGUGGAUGACGGCCAGUACUCACAGUGUCGCAACAUCGCCUUGGAAUGUGACCAUUUUAUCUGUCCCUGAUUUGCCUCGCGUGGUGGUGUGGCCCUUUGCAUGGUUUAUCAUUGCUUAUUUGUCAAACCACGGGGCCUGCUUAUUCGGGGACAACCAUACAACGGAGACUGUUCCACUAUCUCGACAGUUCGACCGUCGGGACCGAAGAUGUUCACCGUAUGCUCCCCAGCAGGGUGGGAGCAGGCACGAUGAAUUGCUCAUGGAUUAGUUCAUAAUGACAGUAGACUUGCGCUGUAUCUACCGCACUCCCUCCUCCUCCUCGCCCACUUGGGCUCGGUGCCAUGACCGGGGGCGGCAGAAGGCGCAGGUGGCUGGCACGGCCGGAGGCGCCCCUGGGCGUGCCACCACACGCUCUGGUCUGCCACUUACAACUGACCAAGAUUUGACACGACAAGGCAAAGCGCGGGGUGGAUCGCAUCCCAAUUGAGUUAAAGUGUCAUAAAAUCCACAUGCAUGACUUGUUCUCCUUUUGAUUCUGCCGUUGUCAACUUUUGGAAGAGCCAAUGGUGAUAUUUGCAUUGCCACAAAAAUCAAUUUCUAAAUUGGUGUAUCUACCAGAAAGCAGACAGGGAAUGCUGGGGGACCCACUGACGAGUCGGACCCCUCGCAGCUGUGUCACGAAACGGUAGAAUAUCGGCGAAACACGCGUGUAUGGGCUUUUGUCUAGCACCUGUGCUGUUAGUAUGGAAUCACCUUACAAAAACCAACGUCCGCCAAGCUACUGUAUGUGGUGGGCUUUUUAUUAGUUAGGAAACUGGAACGGGCAGAAACGGAUUCUGUCUGGUAGAUCCUGGCCAGCUGGAAACCUAUCGUUUCCUUACACCGCCUCCGUAUUGACCUGGGGGCCUCUGACUCUCAUAGCGACAGCCUGGAAAGAUGUCUUUCCGGUUAUUAGAGAACGGCCAUGUAAGUGGUUUGGUAAUACAUCACAUUGGAUACGGAAUGCCCUCGUCGCCACCCUGCGGCCUUAUGCUUUGCUGUAUUUCCCCUGGUCUAAUCUGGCCGCCCGCUCUAGUUGGCAGCUCCCCUGAACUGUGUCGGUCGCGGCAUGUCCGUAAAUCCAGCGAAGUUGUGCGAGUAACCUUAUCUGAGCAGUAGGGGGGCGCUAGCCGGGAAUUGGCACACAGACGAGGCUUUUUGUCACGUAACCUCUGAGCCCUCUCAUCACCCGAAGUCCUGACAUAGUCUAACUAUCAACACAUAGGGGUCUUAUGUAACAUUACCGCUCCCGCGAUGUAGUGAUAGUUCUAAUUGGAUUCAAGAGUCUAGCUAAUAUCCUUUUUGCGUCUUUGGUGUGGUGUUUUAGUCGUCAAGACCCUUUUGCUGUCGUUCAGUAUGCGGUACUUACCCAGGCGUUCACGCAUGUGGACGUAUUCAACUUCAAAUUGCUUCUUACUCCUUCCUUCCCCCGCCCCUCUAGAUGGCAGUCUACGAGCCUGUUUGGUAGUGCCCCUCCGGCCAAUCUAUCAGCUGCCUGCAAUCUGGUGUGUGCAACUUCGGGCACAGGCUCCCAGCCCGUCCAGGGACUGUUCUCCUGUCCCCUCUCCGUGGACUACAAUCCGGUGUGUUGGCAGCGUCAACAGUCCACGCCGACCGCCGGUCCACCAGCGCUGUCAGCUCCCAGCCAGAUGACCUUCUUUAAUCCCUGUCUGGCAGGCUGCUCCCGGUGGCACUCUAGUGUCAACCCCGACGGCCAGACUGUUGAGGUGAGGCAGCCAUUCCACCCCUAA